CUCCCCGCACCCACCACGGUUACCCCGGGGUAUGCUGCUGAGCAGGGCCGCUGACCGACCAAUAUGCCAUUGGGAACGGAGAGGAAGUUCAAACCCAGCAAGUACAUCCCGGUCUCGGCGGCCGCCACCUUCCUGGUGGGCUCCACCUCCCUGUUCUUCGUCUUCCCGUGCCCAUGGCUCAGCCAGGCCUUUUCCCCUGCCAUUCCCAUCUACAAUGUGAUUAUCUUCCUCUUUGUGCUGGCAAACUUCAGCAUGGCCACGUUUAUGGACCCUGGCAUCUUCCCACGAGCUGAUGAAGAUGAAGAUAAGGAUGAUGAUUUUCGGGCUCCACUGUAUAAGAACGUGGAAAUCAAAGGCAUCCAGGUCCGGAUGAAGUGGUGCUCAACUUGUCGGUUCUACCGCCCACCCCGGUGCUCACACUGCAGUGUCUGUGACAACUGUGUGGAGGAGUUUGACCAUCAUUGUCCGUGGGUGAACAACUGCAUCGGGCGGAGGAACUACCGCUACUUCUUCCUCUUCCUCCUCUCGCUCACCACCCACAUCAUCGGGGUCUUUGGCUUUGGCCUCCUCUACGUGCUGAACCACGUCAACGAGCUGUCCAAGGUGCACACCACCGUCACUAUGGCGGUCAUGUGUGUGGCGGGCUUGUUCUUCAUCCCUGUGGCUGGUCUGACCGGGUUCCACAUCGUGCUGGUCGCGAGGGGAAGGACAACAAACGAGCAGGUUACAGGGAAGUUCCGGGGUGGUGUGAAUCCCUUCACGCAGGGCUGUUGGAUGAAUAUCUCUUAUGUACUGUGCAGUUCACAAGCACCCAGGUAUAUCAGUCGAGAGAAGAGGGAGUUCCAUACUCCUGUCCAGACUCCCUUCCUUCGACCCUUGGUUUCCGACACAGAGGUCACCAUGAAGCUAAUGGACAAUGGGAUUCAAACAAACCUCAAGAGGACAAGGUCCAAAGGAAGUCUGGAGAUUAUGGAGAGCCAAUCCGCAGACGCUGAGCCACCUCCUCCACCUAAACCAGAUUUGCACCGUUACUCAGGCCUCAGGGCUCACUUGUCACUGGUAACGAACGAGGAGAGCAACCUGCUGAACAGAAUGGAUAACCCACCAACGCCCACCAUGUAUAAGUACCGACCGGCCUACAGCAGUCCAGGCCGCAACCACGCUGCUCUCACGCACUCGGCCAGCGAGAAGAUUUCCAGAGGCGAGGUUGUGAGGGAGCCUGCGCCCGUCGACGAGAGCAGCCGGAGCCAGAGCUACAAGUCGGAGCCCAACCUGGAGUCGGAGACCUACCGCUCGCCCACCAUCUACAAGAGCUUCCAGUUCGAGCCCGUCUCCAACGGCUCGCGCUCGUCCAGCCUGAAGUCAGCCCACGGCGGGGGCUUCGAGAUGAGCCACCUGCAGUCCAUCCGCUCCGAGGGCACCACCUCUACCUCCUACAAGAGCCUCGCCAACCAGACCCGCGACGGGAGCCUGUCCUGCGACAGCCUGGCCACCCCCUCGGGCAGCCCCGAGGCUGAGUCCCCCCGCCCGGGCCCCCAGCCCCCCGGCUACCACUCGCCCUUCAUGUCGGCCAAGAUCGCCCAGCAGCGGGAGGCGGAACUCCACCGCUACCCGCCGGCCCCGGGGGGCUACGGAGCCCCGGCCCGCUGCCCCCGGGACCCCCCCGGCAGCCGGUCGCGGCAGGAGCGGGAGAAGCUGCUGCGGGCGGAGGAGGCGCAGCCGGGCGCUGCUGCCGCCCCCCACCAUCCGCAGCAGCAACACCACCCCCUCCAACACCACCAACACGCCCGGGUCGUCACCGCCCCGGAUGACGCCGGGCGCUCUCCCGGCCUCAGGAGCCCGACCCAGCGGGCUGCCCCUCCGGCCGUCCCUUCUCCCCUCCCCCACCCCCCCAUCUCCUCCUCCUCCUCCUCCUCCUCCUCCUCCUCCUCCUCGUCGCAGCAGCCUGGGCCAGCCCCCGCCCAGCCCACACGUUACCCCAGGGUCUCGGAAGCCGGGACCCACGGCCCCCGCCUCCGCUCCGCCUGCUCCCCCGAGGCCCACCCCCACCCCCACCCCCCUCCCCCUCCCCUCGCCGUGGGCAAGUCGACUUCCUACGUGGUGGCGAGGCCUUCCUACGGAGCCGCGCUGGGAACCAGUGAAGUGUCGGCGGCGACGACGACGCACCCGCUGCCGGCUCCCAAAGAUGAGGUGAGGAUGAAAGGCUCCCACAGCAAAAGCAACGGGCAGCCCAAAAGCCUGAGCAAGGCGGAUCUCCGGCAGACCUCACCAGCCCCUUGCACUGCGACUUCCAUUGGAGCCCCCCUGAGCCCCAGCAAAGGUGUGAAGAAAGUCUCGGGGGUUGGAGGGACCACCUACGAGAUCUCCGUGUGAGGCCAAGCGAGACUGAGAGAGAGAGAGAGAGCUGGACGCAGGUGCCUCGCAAAAGACUCUCUUGCCCCUAGCUGGAGGGGGCCAAAUCUCAAGGACGGUGGGACUUUAUUCCUCUGGGAACUGGGAGGAAAAUGUGGGGAGAGGAGAACUAAGAACUCGAGGGUGCUCCUGACCCUUCCUCAGGACCUGGUUAAACGGCGGUGGGAAUCCUAUAUGUGUAUAUUCAAAUUUUAGCCAAUCGUAAAAGUUUUAAAGAGAGAGAAAGGAGGA